GCAAAACACAUCUGCAAAAAGAAGGGUAAAGAGGAGUAAGGGGGCUGUUUUCUUUAUAAAUUUACCAAGUUAUUAUAAAGGAAAAGAAAAAAUGUCUCUUAAAGUGCAAAACCCGAACAAUGUACGCGUCUACACAGUAUCAGGCGAAGGCAUAACACAAAAACUGCCUGAGUGGAUCAGCAAGAAAAAAUUGAAAAAGGACUAUGCUUUGUCACAUCGAAUUGAGCUUCUUCAAGAGUUUGAUUAUCCAGAAGCUAGCAACCGCAUCAAAGUUACACGAGAUGGUAAAUAUGCCAUGUCCACAGGCGUUUACAAGCCUCAUAUCAAAGUUUUCGAUUUUGCUGAAAUGUCUUUAAAAUUUGAACGUCACACGGAUACAGAAAAUGUUCAAUUUGAAAUUUUAUCAGACGACUGGACGAAGAGUGUCCAUUUACAAGCAGACCGUACGGUGGAUUUCCAUAGUCAAGGUGGUAUACAUUAUUCAACAAGGAUUCCCAAAUAUGGAAGAGAUUUGAAGUAUCAUUUUCCUAGCUGUGAUCUUUAUUUGGCUGCUGCUGGAGAUGAAGUUUUUCGUUUGAAUUUGGAACAAGGCCGAUUCUUGAACCCAUUCAAGAUUGAAAGUGCUACUAGCGAAGACCCUACUUCUGGUGUGAAUGUGUUGGAUAUUAAUCCCAUGCAUCAAUUAUUGGCAUUUGGUACCGAUGCGGGUACUGUCGAAUUUUGGGACCCUCGCGAUCGUUCGCGUGUCGGCAUUUUGGAGAUGCCCUCUAAUGUUCCUUCUUCCCCAUACACAAGUGCCAACCGUGCAGUCACUGCUUUAAGUUAUCGUAAUGAUGGACUCAAUCUUGCCGCAGGUUUGUCUGAUGGUAUUACUCUGUUGUAUGAUUUGCGUUCACCAAAACCGUAUAUGACUAAAGAUCAAGGUUACAGCUUGCCUGUCAAGAACCUUAGUUGGCUGGACAGUGCCCUGGAUGGUAGCGCCCGUGUCCUUUCUGCAGAUUCUAAAAUCAUCAAGAUCUGGGAGAAAGAUACGGGAAAACCGUUUACAGCUAUUGAACCUACUGUGGAUUUAAAUGAUGUAUGUCCAGUUCCUAACUCUGGCUUAAUUUUUACCGCAAAUGAAGGAUCUCCUAUGCAUGCUUUUUAUGUUCCUUCGCUUAAUCCCGCUCCUCGCUGGUGUUCCUUCCUUGAUAACAUUACAGAAGAAAUGGAAGAAAACCGUACUCCCACAAUCUAUGACAACUACAAAUUUGUUACCAAAAAGGAACUUCUCAGUCUUGGUCUGGAUCAUCUUGUCGGAACGGGUGUUAUCCGUGCUUAUAUGCAUGGAUUUUUCAUUGACUCACGCUUGUAUGAAAAGGCUCGUUUGAUUGCAAAUCCCUUCUCUUACGAAGAGCAUAGAAAGAAAGCCAUUAAAGAACGUCUUGAGAAGAAACGUAGCAGUAAGAUUCGUACCCAGAAUCGGCCCAAGGUUAAUGCUACCUUGGCAACUCGUCUUGCUCACCAAGAAGCCAAGCUACGCAAGAAGACUGGAGACGAAAAUGCUUCCAGUAUUCUCGAAGACGACCGUUUCAAGAAUGCUUUCACUGAUAAGGACUUUGAAGUUAAUGAGGAUACAAUAGAAUUUAAACAACUUAAUCCAACCAAAUCAACUAAACCUCAACUCACUGCUGCUGAAGAAUCGGAUGAAGAACGCGAGCACACAAGAGGUGUGCAAUUGAGUUCUGAUGAAGAAGUGUCGUCUGAUGAAGAAGUGGAAGAGCAUGAAACUUUUGAUAAUCUAUUGAAUAGGAGACAAACCGAGCAUAAUGAUAAGAAACAAAAGGGAACUGAACAAACUAUUCGCAGUACGCCUUCCGGAAUGGAAAUGACAUUUCAAGUCGAAAAGAAAAAGAAGAACAAGCCAAGCUCUCAAGAUGAAGAAACGUCCAGCGGGAAAAAGAAGCAAACUACUGAAGGUCGUCGUUCUGCUAGCAAAAAUGUUUUCCGAAAAUUGUAAACAAAAAUUGGGUUUUAUGUUGUUAAUACUAAGCUUCUUACAGGCUUUUUUUGGUUCAAUAAUUAAAAUGGUUAUUUGGGAUAAUCGGUGUUUCAUAUGCAGUUAUCAAGUGUAUGAAACAAAUUUAAUAGAUUUCAUUAGAGAAUAAUAUUUAUUCAUGCU